AUGGCGCUGCCUUGCUGCUCCCUCCAGCGCCCGAGCCUCCUCCUCUGCUUCGCCCCCUCCUCUUCUCCCUCAGCCAUGGCGCUCCGCCGCCCCUCGCCUGGACCCGUCAAGCCCCGCCACCGGCUUGUUGCUCUGCUCGACCCCGACCUCGCCGGCUUCGCGCGCCUGCUCGCGUCCAGCCCCGUGGCCCGGGAGCUGGCCGUCGCGCCGUUCCCCGACCUCCACCAUCCCGCUUCGAGCGCGAGCCCCGCAGUGCUCUGUCUCGCGCCGCGUCCUCCCUCUGCCUCCUCGCCAUGGCCGCCGCGUCUCCCUCUGCAGGACCAGGCCGCAUCGCACGUCCUCCUCGUCAAGCCCCGUAGCCCGAGCGCUCGAGGAGAGGAGCUCCUCGAGCACCUGCGCCCGCAUCCGCUCGUUCCCUCCAUUUUGGUCGGAGUUCGCCGGAGCCCGAGCACCAGCCGCCUCACCCGCGAGCACCACCACCUCCAGCGCGCCGCCGUACCUCCGCCGCCCGGCGACCUUCUGCAUCCACCUACAGCAGCUCUCCCUGCGACCUCCUCUUCAUCACCGCCUCGUGCCGUCCCUGCCGACUCCGACCAGGGAGCCCCGCCGCUCGCCUGA